UGUGGGGCCCUAGCCAUGGGUGUGUGGUCCAUCUGUGCUCUGAAUGCAUCCGUCCACACUGGUCUGAUGACAAGGCUGUCAUUCUGUGGCCCCAAGGUCAUCACCCACUUCUUCUGUGAGAUCCCCCCACUCCUUCUCCUCUCCUGCAGCCCAACAUAUGUGAAUAGCAUUAUGACUCUUGUGGCAGAUGCCUUUUAUGGAGGCAUCAACUUCAUCCUCACCUUACUCUCUUAUGGCUGCAUCAUUGCCAGCAUCCUGCGCAUGCGCUCUGCUGAGGGCAAGAAGAAGGCCUUUUCUACCUGCUCCUCCCACCUCAUCGUGGUCUGUGUGUUCUACUCAUCUGUGUUCUGUGCCUACAUCAGUCCUGCUUCCAGCUACAGCCCAGAAAGAAGCAAAGUGACUGCGGUGCUGUACUCAGUGCUCAGCCCAACCCUGAACCCCCUCAUCUAUACACUGAGGAACAAGGAUGUCAAGCUUGCCCUAGGGAGACUCUUGCCCUCUUCCUCACACUAAGUGGAGAUGUGCAGGCUGUUCUCCUGGCCUGGGCUCUUCCUACACAUGCCCUCCUGAG